UUGAUUUACCUAUUUAAACAAAUUCAUGUCAUACUACUAACUUCUAUCUAGUUAAACAUGUUAAAUAUAUCAUUUAUUUUUGGUACAACAAUCACAUUCAAGCGUGUUCAGCAUAAUGACAUUUUCAAACUCGCUAUGUCAUGGACAAACUCCAAUGCUUUGUCAGUUGUGUGAAGAAUCAAAUGAGAUCAAAUGGAAAUGUUUACAAUGUGAUUUUCUCUUGUGUACAAAAUGUCAGAGAAUUCAUAACAAAGUAAAAUCUACCGACCAACAUACCAUUAUUGAUAUCAAAGACAUUGCUUCAAAACAACAAGAAGCCAAAGAUAACACAGAUUUCAGUGCAAUAAAAGAGGAAAAAGCAGCAAGAAAACAAACCAGAGAACUGCAUCAGAGUAUACCAGGAAAAAUUGGAGAGGCGCUGUGUGGAGAUGAUGAUUAUGCAUGUGAACAAUAUGGAGCUAAAGUUAUAAAACAGUAUAAAACUGGACUAAUACUUGUCGAACGUGUUGUUAGCGGUAAUACUGGAACAUUUUGGAUAAGUUAUACUAAAGACAAAAUCAUAAAGAAAAUACAACUAUCAAAUGAAAUGUUGAAUAUUGUGCAAGAAAUACAUAUAAAUUGUUAUGGUAUGGCAUUACUACAGUCAGGAGACCUACUUAUAUCUUCUGCAGAAUCAAAUCUUAAAAUACUUUCUCAUACCACUGGAAAAAUAAUUAAUUCAAAGUAUAGUGUAAAACCCUUAAUAACUGGUGGAGUCCAUUUGAUACGGAAUGAAAAGAUUGUAAUCAGCGCCAGAAAAGAAGGACCUGUCUUCCCUGUUAAAGGUCCACGACAAAUUGUUUUGAUGGAUAUAGAUGGAAAAAUAGAGAAGGUGUAUGAUUUAGACAACAAUGGGAAACCUAUCUUUUUUGCUCCACAAAGAAUAACAACAGACACUGACAAUAACAUUUAUGUUUUGGAUACUUUCAAUACAGAGUGGAAUGGUAGGAUAGUGGCAUUAGAUAAAACCAACAUUGUAAGAUGGAUAUAUAGUGGAAUUCCAGAUGUCAUCAAAGACAAAACAUUCAAUCCAAGAGACUUAAUUAGUACACAAUUAAACAAUAUUAUCAUAACAGAUAUGGAUAGCUAUAUGAUCCAUAUCCUCAACACUUCAGGACAGUGUAUUCAUUACAUGAACACUAAGGAUCAGUUAGGUAUUGUGUUACCAUACUCUGUAGAUAUUGACAAUACAGGAACACUGCACAUUGGUUGCAAUACAAGUAAACAAAAUAAAACCAAUUUAUAUAUUGUUCAGUUUUCAGGAUUCUGAACUACUGAUUCUUAAAAUUCACAUUUUAGUUUUGAAAUG